AUGCACUCAGCUAAAUGUGACCCUUUACCGACAGGGUUUCGACCUGGACGUCUCGUUAUUGUUGGUUCAGGUAUAAAAGGAAUAUCUCAACUCACCCUCGAGGCAGUUGUACAUAUUGAAGAGGCGGACAAAGUCUUCUACUGCAUUUCAGACCCUGCUACUGAGCUUUCUAUCAAGCAUCACAAUAAAUGUUCCAUUGAUCUUUACGUUCCCUACGAUGAUGACAAACCGCGACAUCGGACCUAUGUCCAAAUGGCCGAGGUCAUCCUUCGAGAAGUCCGAAAAGGGUAUAACGUGGUUGGUGUAUUUUACGGCCAUCCUGGUGUUUUUGUUAAUCCCGCACACAGAGCCAUUGAUAUUGCCGCAAGCGAGGUGUAUGAGGCUACUAUACUACCUGGCGUGUCAGCCGAGGAUUGCCUUUUCGCGGACUCUGGCAUCGACCCCUCAAACCCUGGUUGCCAGACAUUGGAGGUAACAAAUUUUCUCGUAACAAACCAGCCACUUGCAACACACUGUCACGUCAUCUUGUUUCAAGUGGGGGCCAUUGGCGAGAGUGGUUUUAAUUUCAAUGGGUUCAAAAAUACACAAUUUCCCUUUCUUGUACAGCGCUUGAUUAAGGAUUAUGGCGACGAGCACAAAAUCAUUCAUUAUGUCGCCCCUCAAUUUGCUUUGCUGCCCCUACAAUCGAAAGAUACAAGCUCAGGGACUUCCAAGAUGAGGAAAUUGCCAAACGUGUGA